AUGACACUGAGGAAGACUGAGAAACGGACUGUGACAAUCCAGGAACACAUGGCCAUCAACGUCUCUCCUGGCCCCAUCCAGCCGAUACCCCAAAUCUCGAAUUACUUCCCUCGCCUGACACUGCCCAUCCCCCCCCAGGAAAGGGGAGGAGGUCAGGGGGCAACAGGGAGACAGACCCCCUCACCCAGCUCCGGGGGUAACAGCAGGGCAGAGGAAGUCGCUGAUCUUGACAGCUACGAUUCUGAUGAUUCAACGACACUGGGCACGCUGGAGUUUGACCUGCUCUACAAGUCCACAGAACAAGCGUUGGAUUGUUGCAUAGUCCGAGCCAAGUUUCGUGUCCAAUUCCGGGCUCCGCACUUUGGGAAGGAUGUGGAUGCCCUCGGAGAGGGUGCAGAGGAGACUUACCAGAACGUUUCCCGCGACCUGACCCACUCCAUCGUCAAGGUGAAGUACCAGCAGCACGUCAAGAAGGAUUCGCUGACCAAGGAGGAGAAGCUUGGCCUAAAGAGGGCAGUGGAGCGAGCUCUGCUCGCGUACCAGGCCAGUGAUUCCAGUGACGACGAGCCCCUCAGCAAAAAGGCAGAACUCCUGAGGAAGCAGAGGUCCCGGGAGCAGGCAUCGGGGAAGCGCUCACGCUGUUCCAGCGGCAGUGAUGGCGACGCCAACGGCAGCCCCUCCUCAGCCUGCAGGCCGCAACAAGGCAAGAGGAGGCGGCCGGGUUCCCCUGGCUCAGACCUGGAUCGCCGAUCGAGUGGGUCCCCCCGCAGCAGGAGCGGAGACGCGGAACAGAACGAGACAGCCCCCCGCCGCUCGGCGUCCGAGGGCGACGAGGAGCUGGGAUCCCCGAGGGCGGAGGAGCCGGAAGACGGGGGGGAUCGAGCGACCGCCGGCCCCAGCCAGGGGGUCAAAACCCAUUGUGACGCCACCACCGGGCCGGAGAGCGAGGGAGCGGGCGACGAGAGAGGCCUGGCCCGACUGACGGAGCGGGGGCCCAGCCGGAAAGCCAAGGCAGGGGAGCCGGCGAAGCUCAGGCCGACGCCCGCCAGCGAGGAGAGCGGCGAGGGAGAGGCCCGGCGCGGCGCUGCUCAGGGCAGCAAGAGGGGAGGGGCGCAGACCAAGCAGGGGAAGGAGGAGGGGGCUCCGGGGGACGCCAGCCAAAGCGGAUCCGAUUCGAGCCGGGGUGACAGAGCGUCGGCGAAGGGGAGGGCAAAGGCGGCAGCGGAGGUGAGAAAGGGCAAGAGCGUUCGGGAGAGUCGACGCAAGGGCGACUGCAGACAGAAGCCCAAAGCGCCCGAUGACGGCAGCUCCCAGAGCAAGGAUGAAGAAAGCGGCAAGAGCGAGAGCGAAGAGGGUGACAGAGGGUCGACGAAGGGGAGGGCAAAGGCGGCAGCGGAGGUGAGAAAGGGCAAGAGCGUUCGGGAGAGUCGACGCAAGGGCGACUGCAGACAGAAGCCCAAAGCGCCUGAUGACGGCAGCUCCCAGAGCGAGGAUGAAGAAAGCCGCGCGAGCGAAGAGGGUGACAGAGGGUCGACGAAGGGGAGGGCAAAGGCAGGAGCGGAGGUGAGAAAGGGCAAGAGCGUUCAGGAGAGUCGACGCAAGGGCGACUGCAGACAGAAGCCCAAAAUACCUGAUGAUGGGAGCUCCCAGAGCGAGGAUAAAGAAAGUGAUGCGAGCGAGAGCGAAGAGGGUGACGGAACGUCGGCGAAGGGGAGGACAAAGGCGGGAGCGGAGGUGAGAAAGGGAAAGAGCGUUCAGGAGACUCGACGCAAGGGCGACUGCAGACAGAAGCCCAAAGUGCCUGAUGACGGUAGCCCCCGGAGCGAGGAUGAAGAAAGCGGCAAGAGCGAGAGCGAAGAGGGUGACAGAGGGUCGACGAAGGGGAGGACAAAGACGGGAGCGGAGGUGAGAAAGGGCAAGAGCGUUCAGGAGAGUCGACGCAAGGGCAACUGCAGACAGAAGCCCAAAGUACCUGAUGACGGGAGCUCCCAGAGCGAGGAUGAAGAAAGCGGCAAGAGCGAGAGCGAAGAGGGUGACAGAACGUCGACGAAGGGGAGGACAAAGGCAGGAGCGGAGGUGAGAAAGGGCAAGAGCGUUCAGGAGAGUCGACGUAAGGGCGACUGCAGACAGAAGCCCAAAGUGCCUGAUGACGGUAGCUCCCAGAGCGAGGAUGAAGAAAGCGGCGCGAGCGAGAGUGAAGAGGGUGACAGAAUGUCAACGAAGGGGAGAACAAAGGCGGGAGCGGAGGUGAGAAAGGGCAAGAGCAUUCAGGAGAGUCGACGCAAGGGCGACUGCAGACAGAAGCCCAAAGUGCCUGAUGACUGUAGCUCCCAGAGCGAGGAUGAAGAAAGCGGCAAGAGCGAGAGCGAAGAGGGUGACAGAGGGUCGAAGAAGGGGAGGACAAAGACGGGAGCGGAGGUGAGAAAGGGCAAGAGCGUUCAGGAGAGUCGACGCAAGGGCGACUGCAGACAGGAUUCAGACGGACGGAGCUCUGGGAGUGAGGAGGGGGGAGACGCGGAGACGCAGGCCCAGCGGAGGAAGAGGGCAGAGGGGAAGCAGGACGGGCGGAGGAAGGCGAGCGGGAGGAGGCGAGCCAGCGCCGCCAGGAGACCCGGAGGCGAGAGCCCAGCGAGCGGGCGGGAGGAAAGCGGAGAGGAAGGGAGGGGGAGGAGCGGGGCGAAGGCCCGGCCCCGGGGAAGGAAGAGCCAGCCCCCUGCCCCACGCCCGUCCGAGUCGGAGGAAGGGUCGUUGAGCGAGGGCAAGGGGGCAUCAGGCAAGGCCGCGUCCGGCCAGACGGGGAGAGAGCACUCCGGAGACGAGAGCUCCGACAGCGGGAAAUCCAGCUCCACUGGCGGCGAGCAGAAAGCAGAAAGCCGGGCGGGAAGCAAAGGGACCACCAGCAGCGAGAGCGAGGGAGACGGGGGAAACGUUUCACCAGACGCAGCAAGAAAACACCACAAGAAACGACCCAAGGGGAAGGUAAAUGAGAAGGAGAGUGGGAAGGAGGAGCACCCCACCAUCAAGCGGCUGAAGCGUUGUAUUAUCACGUGCGGAGCUCAUCGCAAUUAUAAGAAGCUGUUUGAGAACUGUCGCAGCAACAAGGCAAAGAUCCGAGUGCUACGGCAAGAGCUGGAGGACCUGGGUAUUCAAGGUAACCCGUCCCUGGAGAAGUGUAAAGUGUUGCGAAUUAAGCGGGAGGAGGCGUCCGAGUUGGCUUCAUUGGAUGUGGCUAACAUUAUUCACACUGAAGGUCGCCCUCGCCGUCACAGGGGUUCAGCCUGGGAUGUGGACCCCGCAGCCAGAGGCAGCUACAAGCGAACCCUUGGAUCUGAUUCGGAGGACGAGCCCCCCAAGAAACUGACGGCUUGGUCCAACCUCAAGGGGCUGAUCAGUGACGAUGCCGACAGUGACUGAUACAACCCAACAGACAUCUCUCUCUCUCCUCCACCUGUCUCCUUCCCCCUCUCUCUGUCCAUCUCUCUCUCCUCCACCAGUCUCCUUCCCCCUCUCUCUGUCCAUCUCUCUCUCCUCCACCUGUCUCCUUCCCCCUCUC